AUGCUGCCGAUGCACCGCCGAGACGCGAUGCACGACGCAGGCGGCCCCCGGCCGCGUCUGCAGGCCAUGCAGAUGGAGGAGCCGGUGCGUGCAGAGGGGUCGCGAGGCGUGACGCUUGCGACUCCCGAUGCAUACGCCACAGAAAGCGCCGCCGGUGCAGCGCCGCCGGACGUGCCGCCGGCACGGUGGGGGACGUGGGAGUUCCGUGCGUACUACCUGCUGGCCCUGGUGGUCGUGCCAUACAUGAUCUACGUGCCUAUAUACCUCAGCUCAGAGUCGCACCCCCAGUUCGGCCGGUACGCCAACUACCUGGUCCCUGGAUGGAUGGGCGGCCGUCUCCGAGACGACAGCGACUUUCAGUACCGGCUCUUACGGGAUCAUGCGGGGAUCAUUGGGGCGCUGAUCGUGGCGCAUAGCAGUGCUUCUGCGGCGGUGCGGUGGCUUGCGCCGAAGCUGGGCGUCGCCCCGCGCCGCGCGCGCGCCGCGUUCCUGCUGCUCACCGGCGUGCUGUAUGUGGGCGCGCUGCAUGGCGUGAAUCUGCUCAAGAUCCUCGUGAUCGCCGCCGGAAACUACGGCCUCGCGCGCGUGUGCACGCGGCUGCCGCGCCCGCUGGCCUUCGCGCUCGUGUGGGUGUGUCAUGUGGCCGUCCUUGUCGCGGUGUUUUACCUGGAGGGAGUGCCGUUCCGCAUGCUGGUGCCAUCACUCGCAUGGCUGGAUGAGUACAGCGGCCUGAUCCACCGCUGGUACAUCAGCUACAACUUUAGCAUGCUGCGUCUCGUCAGCUUUGCGCUGGACAGUGUGUGGGCGUCGGACGCGUACCAGCCGCCGAGCCACGCGCGGGCGCCAGCGAAAGCGCGUGUGCAGACGCCGCAUGCGGUGGCGGAGUACACGUACCUGUCGCAGGUCCUCUACCUGCUGUACCCGCCGCUGUUCAUCGCGGGGCCGAUUGUCACGUUCAACGACUUUCACAGUCAGCGCGUCACGCCGCUCGCGAUAUCGCGGCGAGCCGUCCUGGGGUAUAUGGUGCGGUGUGCGGUGGCCAUCCUAUCGAUCGAGUUUGUGCUGCACUACAUGUACGUCAAUGCGAUCAAGAGUGCGCGGGCGUGGGAUGGCUACACGCCGAUGGAGCUCGCACUGCUUGGGUUCUGGAGCCUCGAGUUCGUGUGGCUCAAGCUGGUCGUGCCGUGGCGCACGUUCCGCCUGUGGGCCCUGCUGGACGGCGUGGACGUGCCAGAGAAUGUCAUCCGCUCGAUCACGAACAGCCCGUCGGCCAUUUUGUUUUGGCGGGCAUGGCACCGCAGCUACAAUUUGUGGGUGGUGCGCUACCUCUAUGUGCCGCUGGGCGGCGCGCAGCGGCAGCUUCUGGCAUCGCUCGUCGUGUUCACAUUCGUCGCGCUGUGGCACGACCUCUCGUUCACGCUCCUCGCAUGGGCGUGGCUCAUCGUGCUGUUCAUCGUGCCCGAGGUGCUCGGCCGCACGCUCGUGCCUGCGCGUGUGUACGGGCAGCGCGCGUGGUUCCGCCAUGUGCGUGCGCUCGGCACCGUCGCGAACGUGUUCAUGAUGAUCUCGGCGAACCUCGUGGGCUUUGUCGUGGGUCUCGACGGCGUGCAGUAUGUGUGGUCGCAGCUCCUCGGUACGCGCGCCGGCGCCGUGUGCCUGCUGCAGCUUACGGGCGUCUUGUUCGUGGCGGCGCAGCUUAUGUACGAAUAUCGCGCCGAGGAGCGGCGCCGCGGCGUGCUGCGCAACUGCUAG